CAAAUGCAGGAACCCCGGAAAUAAUAACUAAACCAAUGAAUGAGAAAUGGUGGAGGCUACCAGAACGAAGAGACAUUUUUUUCCGAAUAAACGUGGUGAAAAACGUAAUUACAUUGCUCACUCCCAACCCGGUAUCUCAUUCUACUGUUAUACGACUCUGUAUGCGUUGUUUGUUGGCAACCUUGUUAUUUAAGUUUUUGGAACGGAUUCCUGUUGGAACGUUCCACAAAUGAUACCCACCCAAAACAACAUUUACUACACAGACCGCACCUUGAAGAAGAAGAAUUGUUUUUGCUAUGGACAAACAUUACAAAUAAACUUCGUGUGACCCUUGCAAUGAGAAGAGCAAAGCAUGUCACGGAAGCUGUUCUAUGCUGUGUGAUUCUACUCGUCAUCCACAGGAGUUCAGAAAGUAUACGGGUGAUUGGAGGAAGCAGGACUGUGGUACAGGGAGAGGACGUGGACUUAUCCUGCAGACUGCUAGAGACAGAUGAGGAGCUUGAACAGAUAACAUGGCAGAAAAGGACUCUGGAAGAACCAGAGAACCAUAAUUUCUUGCUUAUUUAUCCCAGUGGGGUUACUGCCUUUAUUUCACCGAAUGGAUUGGAAAAUAGAGUCCAGUUUUUUGGGAACCAGUCAGAAAAAAUUGGUUCUAUUCGAAUAACUGCUGCCAGACUGUUGGAUGAAGGCACCUUCACAUGCGUCUUCAGUGUUUUCCCAAGUGGAGUAUACAGUAUAGAGAUACCUCUUACUGUGCUAGUACCUCCAGUGAUGAGUGUUACAGUCGAUGUCCCUCCUGUCAUUGGAGAGAAUGAGGUUGUCUUGGCAUCCUGUUUGGCUGCUGGUGCCAAGCCACAGGCAGAAGUGAGGUGGAACACGGAUGCAUUCGGCAGUUUGGUGAGGACGGUGACCAACUCCACCCAGCACGCCAACGGCACCACCACGGUUGUCAGCCACCUGCUCGGGGUGCCAACCAGAGCAGCCAAUCAGCAGCAGGUUCAGUGUGUGGUCAACCAGUCUGCCCUGGCAACAGAGAGGACCCUGGCCUACACAAUCAACAUCAACUAUCCACCUCAGACAGUGAACAUUACUCUUAGUGAGGCCACCCCAGCCACAGUGUUCCUAUGUGUAGCAGACAGCAACCCAAAAGCCAUCUACACCUGGACCAGAGUGGGCCAGCCAUGGCCUCAGUCUGCAGUGAGAGCAGAGGGAAACACACUGCACCUCAUCAGCCUCAGCUCUGAGCUGAAUGGCCUCUACAGCUGUGAGGCCUCCAAUCCUUACGGAAGAGCGACUGGCUCUCAACAUGUGCAUGUCGCAUCCUAUACCUCUGCUGCCUGUUGGGUUCUGCUUGUCAUUAUAUUUCUGAUUGUUGCUGCUGCUGCUGGACUCGUAUGGUACUGGUGGAAAAAUGGAAAAUGUCUUUGGAGUUCAUUCAUGGACGAUCACCAGUUCGAGGCACAAUCACAGGUUGAGGAAGAGGAAGUUGGGAUGGAAGAAGUAUCAUAAGAAAGGACACUCGGAAGGAACGGAUGUGGCCACUAUGCAGAGUCUCCCUCCAAAUAGGAUCGGACCGCUAUUAUGGCAUCUGCUGAGGGAUUCCUUCAUGCUGCAUCCCCAGUUGCUCUCUCGUCAAUCAGCAUCCAAACAGAAGACGUUUGUGGUACUACUGCUGGUGCUUCUGCUCUGUCUGAUCCCUGUUUUUCCUGUUGCCCUUGUGCCUGAGCCAGCUGACUGCUGGGGCUGUCCCUCCCUGCUGCUGAGGUUGUUCUUUGAAGAGCCUCAUCACUCGCUCUGGCAUCACUGAAGGAUAACUUC